AGCAUUCUGGGAAAGAGAAGGCUGUAGUAGACCAUUUUACGUGUCGAUUCGGUCGACAACAGGAAGACGCGCGAGUUCAAGAUACGUUUAACUCGUCGACCUCACGGUUGGGGUGAAAGUUACCUUUAGAUUACGCUUUAGCUGGCCUGUCAUUAGGUGACGCAGAGAUGGGUGCAGAUAAACGGGUUAGCCGCACGGAGCGCAGUGGCAGGUACGGUUCAGAGCAGUCCCGCGAUGAUGACAGGCGAGACCGGCGAGAUCGCGAUGAUCGUGUGUACGACUCUCACCGCUGGAGCGAUGAUCGGCGUAGUGACCGCUAUGAUGGAGACAGAGGGGAUCGUAGUGAUCGCUACUGGAGCCGAGAUAGUCCUGAGCGAGGUAGGAAGCGGCGUAGCAGUGACUGUUCUGAGGACGGUCAUCACUCGGACGGUGAUUACUCUGAGCAUGACUACAGGGGAGAUCCGGCCGAUGAGAAGGAGAGCAAGACCAUCAUGCUCCGUGGUCUGCCUGUCAACAUCACAGAGACGGAUAUUCGAGCAGCCAUAGACCAGUUGGAGGGGCCUCAGCCGAUGGAUGUGCGGUUGAUGAAAAAGAGAACAGGUAUAAGCCGAGGUUUCGCCUUCGUGGAGUUUUAUCACUUGCAAGAUGCUACCCGAUGGAUGGAGACCAAUCAGAAGCUGCUGACCAUACAGGGCAAGACUGUUGCCAUGCACUACAGUAACACACGGCACAAAUUUGAAGACUGGCUUUGCAACUCGUGCGGCCUGUACAAUUUCCGGAGGAGGCUCAAGUGUUUCAGAUGUGGUGCUGCUAAAUCAGACUCAGACAGCAGUGGAACAGCUGGAACCACUGAAACCCAGCCCAGCGGUGAUUACUAUGGAGACACAAUCAUCCUGAGGAACAUCGCGCCGCUCUCUACUGUUGAGGGCAUUAUGGCAUCCCUGGCACCAUACGCUAAUCUGUCACCCAGCAACAUCCGCCUUAUCAAAGACAAGCAGACCGGACAGAACAGAGGCUUUGCCUUUGUCCAGCUGUCCUCUCCUCUGGAAGCAUCACAGCUCCUCACCAUCCUGCAGGGCCUACAGCCUCCGCUUAAACUGGACGGGAAGACCAUAGGGGUCGACUAUGCCAAGAGUGCUCGGAAGGACUUGCUGUUGCCUGAUGGGAACCGCAUCAGUGCUUUCUCUGUAGCCAGCACAGCUAUUGCUGCUGCCCAGUGGUCCUCUAGCCAGCCACAGCAAAGUGUGGAUCCAGCAUCGGAGUACAGCUACCUGCAGGAAGGCUAUGUGCCCUAUUCACAGGAAUAUCAGGCCCAAUAUCAACAGCAGGCAGGAGCAACAGACCCCUCUCAGGCUAAUGGCAUACUUGGAGCUGCUCCUGGAAUGAAAAUUCUCCCAACAGCUGGAGCAGUGGUCAUCUCACAGGGUGCUCAGGUUUAUCAACCCCAUAUUAUCAGCCAGCCAGCCACACAGACUUUGCAGACAAUGCAGACUGCAACUAUCACAGCAGCUGCCACCAUCUCAGCCCCUGCAACCUCUGCAGUAGCCAUAUCUGCCACAACUACAGCAAAUCCUGCAGCUCCCACUUCAGAUGUUAAAACUUCUGCCCCCGACACUUCCACUUACCAGUUCGAUGAGUCGUCUGGCUAUUACUAUGACCCUCAAACAGGUCUCUAUUAUGACCCCAACACACAUUACUACUAUAACUCAUACACGCAGCAGUACCUAUACUGGGACAGUGAGAAGCAGGCAUACGUUCCUGCAACCGAUUGCAGCAGCACUGCUUCUAGUUCUUCCACUUCUGCUAAAGAGAGCAAGGAGAAGAAGGAGAAGCCCAAAAGCAAAACUGCUCAACAGAUUGCAAAGGAUAUGGAGCGUUGGGCUAAGAGUCUGAACAAGCAGAAGGAAAACUUCAGGAGCAGUUUCCAACCCAUCAGCCAAGAAGAGAGGAAAGAGGCAGCAGCAGCAGAUGCUGGCUUCACACUGUUUGAGAAGAAGCAGGCGGGUGGUUUGGAGAGGCUGGUAUCGGAGGCAGUGAAGACUGCCGAAGAGGAAAGUUCAUCCUCAAAGGUGGGACUUGUGGCAGCCUAUAGUGGAGACAGUGAGCCUGAGGAGACUCCAGAGGGUGAGGAAAAGGAGGACAAAUUGACAGACUGGAAAAAAAUGGCCUGCCUGCUGUGCAGGAGACAGUUCCCCAGUAAGGAAGCCCUAAUCCGCCAUCAACAGCUCUCAGACCUGCACAAGCAAAACCUGGAGGUUCACAGAAGAUCUAAGUUGAGUGAAGCAGAGCUGGAGGAGUUGGAGAGGAAAGAGACUGAGAUGAAGUACAGAGACAGGGCAGCUGAGAGGAGAGAGAAGUAUGGCAUUCCUGAGCCUCCUGCGCCUAAGAAGAGGAAGUUCACGCAGCCUGCACCAGUAGUGAAUUAUGAGCAGCCCACAAAGGAUGGCCUGAACAGUGACAACAUUGGCAAUAAGAUGUUGCAGGCUAUGGGCUGGAAGGAAGGAAAAGGGCUUGGCAGAAAUCAGCAAGGCAUCACAGCACCUAUUGAGGCCCAGAUGAGAACAAAGGGAGCAGGGUUGGGUACCAAAGGCAGUAAUUACACCCUCUCAGCCUCAGAUACCUACAAGGAUGCCGUGAGGAAAGCCAUGUUUGCACGCUUCACUGAAAUUGAAUAAUAUGUUGUCAUCCUUACGUUAAUUUCACUGGGUUGUCGGCAUUGCUAUGGUUUUUGUAUGGGGGGGGGGGGGGCUGUAUAGGUGGCAGAUUGGUGUGAUGACACAACCGUGUAUAUAUGUGUAUAGUGUCUUGAGAGAUUUUUUUUUUUGUUCAAUGGGGAGGGGCAUUGUCCUCAUGUAAACUGUAAAGUUUGUACAGUACGUUCUUGGAUUUGUACAUACAAGAAUAAAAUGUUGAAUUAAGUUAA